ACCCUUGCAACACCGCAUAGACACGCUCCCCAGAUGCAACCACCACCGACACUAUCUAUCAACACUCUUCCUCCACCUCGCCAUGGCCGCCACCGAAAUCAUCACCGACCCCGUUCUCGUCUCUGUCCUCGACGCCGCGAAGGAAGCGCGCAAGCAAUGCAACGACCUCCUCGACUUCAUCGAGCAGAAUGGCGCGUCCGCAUACGAAGAACCCAAACUGCUUGCAGAGCAGAAAGUCCUCAGCAGUCGCCUCGCCAUCCUCCGAGGCUUGAACCGUAAAGCAAUUCUCAGUGUCCGAAGCACCAAGCAAGAGACGACAGAAGCGCGGCAGGAAAUCGACGAGCUACAUCUCCAAUUGCAGAAUCUGUAUUAUGAACAACGACAUCUUCGAGGGGAGAUUCGCGGGUGCGAAGAGUAUAAUCACAAAUACGAACAACUCGGCAUGAUCCCCGUGGAAGACUUCCUGGCCGAGCAUCCUCAAUAUCACGAAUCGACAGACCACGAUCUUACUGUGGCGCGGAUAGAAGAUGAACAUGCUGCGAGGAAGGAGUUGGAAGCGAAGAGACUAGAGCUGGAGAAGAGGAAAGACGCGUUGAUGAAGAAGAAUGCGGCGGAGAAGGAGCAGCUGGCUACGUUGGAUGGUACGCUGGAGAAGUGGAUUACGGGUGGACAGGAGAAGGCUGGGAAAUUGUUCGAGGCGAGAGAGAAGAAAGGCGCCGAGGAAGGUGCGAAGUGAGAGAGGUAUUGAUCAUGGACAACUGCCUGGACAGUAUCGCGAAGACUAUGACGAAUGUCUGCAAGAUUCGUGCGACGAGUGAACUUCCAGUCCGACUUCUUCGAAGCCCGAACACUGGCGAUGGGCCGCGAGUCUCACGGACGAAAACGCGAUACCCAGCCAAAAUUCGACCUCAUCAGGACGACCUCACACGAAGAAUUGCGUUACAAGAACCAUGAGCUCUUGGCAAGUAUUCCCACGCUAUAGCUCGAUCCUGCAUCGGCCGCACUGCUCCACCGCUUGUGGCCAGAGUACACCACGACCGCCUCGCAAACGCGAAAGCUACCAGUCAGCUGAUCUUGCUGCAUAUUGGAAUCCGUUCAGGAAACCGGUGGAAGUUUCAGGCCUCCCAAACUAACAUCCAUGAGGCAUGGCAGCAUUUGGGCAUGCGUGAAUUCGCAGAGGAAGAACUGCAAGCUCGCAAGCUUGAUUGCAGAGGUUCGUAGGCUCCAAGCGUGUGUCUAUGAGAGGCUUGCGGCGAGAAUGUGGCAUCGAUGAAUGCUAUGCUGCACAAAUU